AUGUUAGAAAUCAAAACAUCAGAUGGAAAUUCAUUAAUUUUUUUAGAUCCUGAAGAACCACAUGAAUUAUAUCUGGAUGCAGAUGAGUGGGAAUUAAUCUCACAAUUGGUUAAAAUCUUAUAUCCUUAUGAAGUAGCAACAAAAGUAGUGUGUGCAUCUAAUUAUUGCACUGCGGAUUUGGUGUAUCCUACAAUAUACGAAUUAAUCAAAAAGUCACAUGAAAUUUUAAAUAUGAUUCAGAAUCCUGAAGCAGAAAAAGUUGGAAAAAUUAUAUUAAAGGAUUCAGAAAUGAGGUGGUCUUCACCUAACAAUGCUCUUGUUUUUGCAUCAUUUUUUGAUUUAAGAUUCAAAAAUUUGAGUAGUUAUCAAAAAAACUUAAAAUCAUAUAUGAAGAAAUAA